GUAAAGAGCUUCGACAAUGCCAAGGUGAUGAUUGUCAAGAAGGACAAGUGCUACUAUCUGAAGGCGACCUUGGACGUGAACCUGCCUCGAGGCUUCCGCAUCGCUGGAGUGGGCGGCGGCCGCAUGAGCCAGCAGAAGGCCGAUCCUUGCAUUCAGCUGGAGAUGCCCCAGGGGGACAAGACAUGGGUGGAUGUGUCCCAUGGUGUGGAGGACGGCGAGGAGGGGGUCAAGCGAGGCACGGAGCACCGUUCCAGCCUCUACCAGGUGGUCAAAGAGCUGCACAAGAGUGGUGCCAGCAAGGAGUUGUCCUGCACGGGCUACAAGAUCGGGACCAAGGCGGCCGGAUCUGGUGGGACGCACGGAUUUGCACUUACCAAAUCCGAUGACUGGUACUACAUCCUUCGCGACAAGGACGAGAAGAAGCUCACUCCCGGGAACAUGGCCAGAGAGCUCGUCCUGAAGGGGUGCCGCCUGAGCUCCAAUGUUGUUUGGGCCUGGAAGUUCUCUUUUGAUCCGGUGCACACCAAGCUGACGGCAAAAAAGCCGAUGAUGAUUUUGGAUCAGUCGGUGCGCUUGCAGAAUGGCAAGUACAUCAAGCUUGCAGAAGAAAGCUCAUGA